UCUGCAUUAGCUCAAUCGGUAUCACGCCAAUAUCCCAUUCGAACCUCCAACAACUCACUACUAACCUCUAACACGGAAACGUCCCGUCAAAACAACCUUUCAAACUCAUUCCAAAGUUCGACCUCAACGGCAGCGGUUCAACGGUACCCUCGUUCUUCAACCGGUACCUGCAUCAACGCCUCAAGCAAUAUCAUCAGCACCACCAACAGCAAUCUUAAUGCUAAAAGUGAAAAUGUGGAACAUAGGAGUACCAAAACCAAUAAGAAGUUUUCCUUGGCGAUUAAAGAACUCGUCAAGUGGAAGCAGGAAUAUUAUGGAAGUCCGUCGAAAGAAGCAAUUUUAAAUAUUCGGGAAUACAAGCUUGAGGAACCUCUGGUCCCUCACGAUCUCGACGAUGAACCGAAAAAAGACCAACUGGGUACUUCCAUAUGGAAAUAUUAUACGAAAGUCAAAAAUGCUACGCCGGGUGGAGUGAGACUAGAGAACAUCUCCUGGCGCUUGAUGUCCAUCACGAUGAAAAAGUUGAUUGAUGAUAAAAAUUCAAAUGAAGAUGUCGCUCCUGCAAAUGACGAUUCCGUGGUCUCGAAGGAUCCAUCAAAGAUUGCGGAGAGCACGAAAUCAAGUGUCAUCUUGAAGCAAGAGGAUUCCGAACUUUCAAUGUUCGACGUGGAAAUGGGUGGGCCCUUUGCUCACCAAGAAAAUUCUGACGGUCGUGGUGACGACUUUGAUCGCUCGGAUCAAGAGAAAUUCGAAAUGUUUUUGGAUGACCAAUCUCACUUG